AUGAGAUCAUCCAUAUUCACCAGUAAUAAUAAUACGCCUCCACCUACGGGACCACGGCAUAAAAAACCCAACUCCAAUAGUAACUCCAAUUCUUAUAAUACUACAAAAAGAUUACAAUCCUCAAGUCCCUAUAUAAAUAAUUCAAAACCAAAUACUCCGAAUUUAAACUCAAACACAACUAAAACUUUAGAAUCACCUGCAUCAACAACGGCACAACAACAGCAGCAACCUCAUGCCAACUCCAAACGACAUAACCCAAAUCAAACAUCCAACAAUGGCAACAAUUCAUCGUGGAAUUUGGACAAUAUGAUUUCUCAAUAUAAUAGCAUAGGAGAAUUGCCUCCAUUAUUAUCACCAACACUACCUGAUUCAUUUGGUGAUAUUUCGACAGAACUUGACAAAGAUGAAAUAGCCAUUACUAAAAUCAAUGACUUUCCCCAUAAUGAUAACGCUAAAAAAUUAUCAGCACCUAAACCAACAUAUCCAAUGCAAAGUAAACGAAUGAUCAAUGAUGUUGACAGUGAUAAUAAUAGUUCUGAUGACGAUGUCCCAAUACGGCAACUUAAACAUCGUCGAUUCACAGAUGAACCCAAAAUUUCAAAUGGACCUAAACAAAAAGAAGAUAGGAAAAUUGAUGAUAUGCCCUUAUCGAUGCUUUCUCCAACUUUACCUUUGAUGUUUCGAAAUCUUAAUCAUGAUUACAGUUCAAUCAAGAAGGUAAAUGCCCCACCAUCACUUUCAACAACUCCAGUUAACAAUGGACAUACUACUAGUAAUAGUUCGAAGCCAACAAAUGGUUCGUCACCAUCAUUUUUCAAUCUUCAAACCAAAGUGGGGACAUUCAAAUGGAUUGAUAAAUCUAAUGAUCCAAAUAAGCCAAGAUUCAUACUACGAAUGACAGUUAAUAAUAAAAUGAAGUAUAAGAAAUAUUUCAAUAAAACAACUAGUCCUCUGCAAUUAACUGGCUUUAAAAUCAGUUCCACAAAAGAUUAUAUUAAUGAUGAAGGUAGUAAUGAUGAUAGUGAUGUAGAAGAAGGAGGUAAAGAAGGCGAACUACAGGAGUUACUUAGGAAUCCAGAGAAGAUUCGACUAGAAUUUCCAGAGAUGACGGAUAAACGUAACUCUUUAAUGAAGCAAUUAAUUGAAACAAGGGAGUCACUAUUGAAAAAACAAGAAUUGCGGGUACAACAACUCUCCGAUCAAGUGAAACUUGUGAACGACUUACAGGCAGCCAUAACUGAAAGGGAUAAUAAAUUAAAGUAUUUAGAACAGAAAUUGAAACAACAAGAAUUGCAAAAACCAACUGCAACUACUAAUCCUAAUGCUAAAUCCACUAAUAAUGGUUUAUCUCGAGAGAUCACAAUUUCUGAUGAGACAAUGAAACGUCAAUUACAAAAAUUAACUGAAGAUAUAAUGAAAAAAGAAUCUACUCAAUCCUCAGAAGAACCACAAUCAUAUUCAUUUAAAAGAAUUGAUAUAAACAAAUUUAUUACCCCUACAAAUUCCCAAAAACCAUUUGCAAAUUUAAGUAGAUCACAACGUGAAGAUAUUAAAUUAGAUUUACAAGAUAAAAAAUUACAAUGGUUUCAAUUAUCUAAAAUAGCACAACAAAAAUCAAAUGAAUGUAUCAAUACCACCGCCGCCACUCUUAGUGGAACCGAUGAUUUAGUAUUAUCAAUGAUCAUACAAGUUGAUGCAUUUUUAUUACGAAUGGUAUCCAAUGAUUUUGAUGAACGAAGUAAAAUCAUAUCGGGAGUUUUACCAAGUGAAAGAUCAUGGAAAUUAUUAGAUCAAGAUAUUGAAAAUUUUAUUAAUAAAAUCGAUACUUAUUUAAAACAACAACAACAGCAUUAUCCUAAUGACAAGAUUUUCAAUGAUUUUUGUACAAUUUUAAAUUGCAUAAUGUUUCAAACACGAGCAUUAAUUAUGAAACGAAUCAAUGGAAUAUUAACUUCAGUUAUUCAACUGUAUAUUGAUAAAAAAAAUUUAGAUUUAAAUUUAAAAAUUAUUGAAUUACAACAAUUAUCAAUAAACAAUAAUUUAAAAAUUAUGGAAUUUUUCAUGAAUUCAAAUCCAAGUUAUUUAAAUCAUAUAAUCCGAAUAAGAUUCCCCAUGACUUGGAAUAAAAAAAAAUUAAAUUUACAAACAGUACAAUUGACUUAUAAUUUAAUGAAAUUUGAUGAAAAUAUUAAACCUAAUUCACAAAUCUAUUAUUUACCAUUUGGUAAUUAUACUAAUUUAAACGAAUUAGCAGGGUUUUUAUAUAAUAUAAUUAAUGAAUUUAUUGAUAUUUAUAAUAAAGUUAAAGGAUCAAAGAAAAUUAAUUACAUUCUACAAAGUGGUCAACAAUAA